AUGACGGAGGUCAUGAACUCUCUGGAGCCCGGGACGGAGGACUUCAUUGGGGGCGGAGCCAAUCAGGGCUCAAUCUCCCCAGACGCCCAUGGAAGGUAUCCAAAGCUGUGCAAGAGGCUUCCCUCCAUCGUGGUGGAGCCGAUGGACGGAGCCGACGUGGAGAGCGGAGAGCUCCGCUGGCCGCCGGACGAGCCCAGCUCUCCGGACGCCCAAUCGGAGAGGCCGAGAGCGGACCAUCCACCUGCAGACCAGUCAAGCGUCGCUGUGGACGAAGAGGCUUCAGAUCCGGAGACGCAGGACUGAACGGACCCCCGUCCUGUGGUCCACUG